AGUCCGGGCGCCGCCGCGCGCCAGUGCCGAGCCCGCGAUCGUGGCGAGCGUACGCGUGUCCCGUGCGUACCGUGUAUGUAACGCGCGCGCGGUGCUGUAAUACACGGCUCCGGUUCUCCCAUGCGUCCCGCGAGCGACCGAUUCGUGCGGAAUUGUUUGUCGGUGAAAUUGUAAACGCGCGCGGAAAAGGUUUUCGUCUCGCCCGCGCUCCUCUCGCAUCGUCCCCGCGCGGACGAGCGCCCCAGGGAAACCGCUCCCGUAAACGUCGCUCCAGGAUUUGGCAAGGUGCAGUCGAUGUCGAAUUUUAAAGCUGGAGUCCGAGAUCUCGAGGCAUCUUUCUCUCGUCGGAGCACGUCGUUCCCUUCUUCCUCUCCUCCUCCUUCUCCUCCUCCUCCUCAUCCCUUGACGAUGAAGGGUCGUUUUCUGACUUUUCCGUUGGUCGCAUCCCCUUCUUUGCCCAACGCCACUGUAAAUCACGGAAGGUCGAUAGUCACGGGGUGACGUGAUUCCCGCUGCAUCGCGGGGAUUUGCCAGCCGAGAUUCCGAGAUUGUCGCAUCUCUCUUCCACCCUCUCGCUCUCCUCCCUCUCUUUUUCGAUUCUUAUUCGACGUCGAUCCGCGACGUAUCGGAUUGGAGCAGUCGCGCGGCGGCGGCGGCUUAACGAGUUCCGCGGCUUUUUAUCGGCCGGCCGUUCAGUGAUUGGAAUCCACAUCCCGGCUGUCCCAGUCGGAUUUUCGUCGUUUUCAUCGAUGAAACGAUCGGUCUCGAUGUCGCUCCUACCGUCGGUAGUGGAACGGCGGGAGGUGCCGACAGGUGUUUUUGCUAAGUAAACAUGGCACAACUGGCUGAAUGAUAGAUGAAGCACGUUAGUGCUUCUGUGAACGAGACUCGCGGGGCUCUUCUAACGAGCGGUGGAUCGGUACCAUUCGAUAUCGAUGAGAGACUUGCUGAUUUUCUUCACGACGGAGCGAUAGUCUCUCAAAUCGUUAUAGCGGCCUCGCUGACGAAAAUUCAAAAGUCAAGACUUGAAUCGACUACUUUUCAGUGUUUCAAUUAUUAGUUCUUGUUCGAUGGAAAAUCAUAAGAAUCGAACCAUUCGUCCAGUGCUCUACUGCUUUAAUCGUGGUACUCCGACCUUUCUAUUAAUUUAUAUUUCUAUUAAUUUUAUUCGUCGCCUUCUCUUGUGUGUUUAACGCGACCUUUCCGCGAUACUACGUUACGAUAAUUACGCGGGUGCGGCGUUUAAUAUUCAUUUAAUUAAUCCAGCCUGUGUUUUCGAGCACCGUCUGCGACGUUUCACAAACGGGCUGUCGCUGGCUGGGCUCUGGUGUCCCGCGGGAUGCAAUUGGUAAAAAUUUCUAUUCGAAAAUAAAAGUUAACGAAAAUUUGUAUUUCGAAAUGGGAUGCUCUACAAAAGCGUGCGGUAUUCUCGUUAGCGUCUCUCUUUUCCCCCCUUCUGCCCUGACGUACGCGUUUAGUUAAUCGCAACGCGAAUCCCCGCACGCGGAGGCUGAUGAGCGCGUUUUAACGAGCGUUUUCAGUUAACGCAACGGCAACAUUCCUCGUAACCCUCCGAUGAACGGGACACACAUAUCCCGCAUGGCUGCCACGCGUCGAGUUGAUUCCCCCGCGGACCCAGAGGGGCGAGCUUGCCGAGUCGUAUUAGCAAAUUCGAUUUGUCGCGGUGACUCCAGCUCCUAGCUGUGUGAAACGGGUAGUUAACGAUUUUUCUCGCCGAGCUCCCCGGUUCUUUCGCCGACAAAUUGGAGCUGGCGUGUCGCGAGACUUUCCGAGGCAAGGAGAAGGCGCUACAACGAAACGUUAUCGUUAGCAGCGGCUCUUCCUCCCUCGUUCGACGAACGUUACCCCGGGCGAUGGAGUGCGAAGCUAUUCGCUUUUUCAACGUGCAACAAAACACGAAAAAUGAGAAACUGACGAAUUGACGAGUCGAGGCGUUUGAAAACCGUGAGCAAACAAGGCGGUAGGAAAAGAACCGACGUAUAACCAAGUUUCUCUUGUGGAAACGUCAAUUAACGCGCGAUACAAUAAAAAAAAAGAACAAAAAAGAAAAAAAAGAAAGGGGAAAAGAGAAAAAAACAAAUGCAAUCCCAUCUCUUGCCGCAAGGUCAGAGAGAUUACUUAUUGGCCCGCUAGGACUUUUAACUUCCGUGAAAACCGAUAAAUUCAUUGGAUCCUACUUUCCAACGGGUACGCAUCCCCCUUCCACGGCUUGUCGGCGCAAGUUUUAAACUAGUAAAACUCUCUCGGCCUAAAACGUGAGGAGACGUAUAAGUAAAUUCGAUUUAAUAGCGUAAGUUGGAUCAUAUAUCACGAUUAAAGCGGAACCGACUUCCAUCGGACUUUUCGCCGAAAAAAAACAACUCGUACGAUAUAUCGACGAAGCAGAGAUCGAAAUUGUGAAUCAUCGUUGUGUGACGUUUAACGAGGCUUAAUUCAUUCUUUAUUACUUUGGUCAGCAUUAUUAACAUCGUUGCAUUCGAGCUACUUGUUCGAGUAUUUUUUAACACAUUCUACUUACGAUACUUAAACCUUAUGAUCAACUGCGAGGGAAACGUACAUCAGAGAGAAAUGUUAGAUCCCGUAGAGUGAUGUAUUGAAUGUUUGAACGCGCGAGAAACCAUAACAUCCGCAAUAGAGCAGAGGGAACCUGCCGAGCACAGGAUGCUACCAGAUGUGCUGUUUGCUGACGAAAUUUGUGAAAAAAAAUAAAAGGUCCUGAAAAUAUAUUCCGUGAUAUUGUUGUAUCGUUGACGUUUCUCGAGUUGGAAUUUAAAGCUAUAAAGAAAGUAGAAAGAUGAAAGCAUUCACAAUCGAUUCUAUCGUUGGUAAUUUUAUUCCUACGGCUACCAAGCGGUCUACGUCUUCGCGUAGUUUCAUAAACAAUAUCUACAAGACUAUGGACUGUUUUCGCGUUUGUAUUAAUGCGACUUUUAUAGUUGGACAAACAAUUGAAAUGUAGUAGAAGCAAUAACAAUAUCGUUAUUCGAAUUCUCUUUACGAAGAAAGGAAGUUGGUAAUUCAUACAAAAAUGACGUAGCUUCGAGGAAACGUUCCGUCGCAAUUCUUUAUCGAUCGAUCUGUCUGACCACAAAACUGUAAUUUAUCAAGCAAAGCGGGAUACGGUUUUGCGGGAUAUUUUUCUACAGCAAUAUUCGAACCCUGAAGUAUAAAGCUGACGCUUUGCAAUGCUUUUUCGAGAACUUUUCAAGAAUAGAUUCAUUUGUAUGCGCAAUUUAUAUACAUUAGGAAAACUUAUCAUUUAUCUUUUAUUAUACUUUUUUCCCUAGUAUUUUCUCGUCUCUUCGAGGAACUCUCUUCGAGGUGUUCUCGAGAUUCGUGUAGUAUUGUAAAAAUGUCCGGUGCAGUGUUCGAUGGCGCAGGAGUUUGGGAUUAUCAAGCUAGCUGGAAGGCUGUUCCGCGUUCACGGAUCCUUUAAAGUUGCCCGAGCUCGAGAUCUUUUAAACUUGAGUACGAAGUUGGCCGGGUGGUAUGGAAGAACGCCACGGAGGCUCCGGCAAUUAAUCACUUAGCGGUUUUAUUCAAUUACGUCUCGCUGCGGAGCGGGGACGUAUAGAGUGUGCCGUUGAAAGUGGCGAGAAAGGGGCGAGGAAGAUGGUAGCGGUAUCCCCUUCACCGGGGAUACGGUGAAGACAGUAGCGAGCGAUCAGCGAGUUAUCGUCCGAGCUAAGCUUCCUGAAGGGAAGUCUCGGAAACCUCGUAAAAGUGUUAUUUGGCCCGCGGCCUGCCGCAAGGACGGCGCGGCGUCGCGUUUCUGACGGAAAGCCACCAUCUGGUACGCACGCUUUUAUGUGCUCCGCGAGUUCUCUCAUCGAUCAUCGACGGCGAUGAAGCUCGCCGUGAGAAACGCGCGCCACUCUCUCUCUCUACCUUCGUCUUUCUUCGUGCUCACCGCCGCGUCGCGAUAAAACGGAGAGGGCGGGAGAGGGAGGAAUCAGCGCAAUGUAUAUAUAUAUAACAGAACGAAUUCACGUUGAGCUGAUCAUUAGAGGCGUAUUCACUGUACCCCACUUUUCCCGCGGCGAGCAACUUUCAGGCGAGAAAUAGCGUCUCUCGCUAUGUUGUGACUCUUUAUUUCUUCCAUCAGCGUCUCGAAAGCUCCUUGGCCCGCGAAAGUUUGUCGCGCGGUUGAUCCCUCGUGCAAGUUUUCCUCCCCUCGUUUCGUCGAGUUUGCCCGGUGCUCUGGUCCACUGCUCCCCUUAUCCUCAGUGAUAUCUUGGUCGCGCGAUUCCUUCCGCUUUAACAUCCUUCCGCGCUCCAAUCGAGAAAUCUCGUGCAAAUCGGUACGCGCGACUGCGGCGGCCGCGUUCGAGCUCUCCUCAUCGAACGUCUUCUAUGAAGAAAUAGGAUAGAAUCGGCCGGAGAGAAAGAUGCACGAUCUUCGAGACUCUAACCACUUUGCGACAAAGCGCAUUGCUGUAUCGGUUUUCGCAAACCAUUUUUGGUUUUUAGCGAAAACUCGAACGGUUCUCAUCUAUGAUUUUCAGAACGAGCGAGGGAGCGGGUUGCCAACGAUCGCAAAAGAUCUGCGAACGGAUCGUCAGUGAAUGAACGGAUGACGUGAUUCAUACGAGACACUUUUCCAUCGUAAAGGGGGGAUUCGUGGAGAUUCGCGGUUAGAGUCAGAUCUCUCGCGAAGAGCGGACGAGGGGGAGGAGUGAUAUGAGUGCUGAACGCAGGAUCUUUCGUGACGUUAAACGACGAUUGAGUGGCGAGCGGUUCGAAGGAAAUACCAUCGAGUGAUCGGCACGCGAGGAAGACCGGACGUCGCGCGAAGAUCGCGUGGAUCGGGCUAACGAGAGAAAGAGAGAAAGAGGAGAAAGACGAGAAGAGCGUAAUAGUAGUGUGUCCUUUUUUUUGGUUGCGUGAGGAAAGCGAACCUACGCGUGCGGCAACAGACGAGAAAAGUGAAGACGAGCUGGAGGACGGCCGGGUGGAAGUAGCCUCGAGGUGGGAAGGAAGGUGAAAAAAGAUGAUGCGGUGCCAUCCGAUCGUUCUCCUCGCCGGCCUGCUCACCGUCGUCCGUGCUCAAGGGGUCCCGCGAACAUUUUCGGCUAGGCCUUACCGAGGAGGGCCGCCAUUGUCUGCAAGAGCGGUCCUCGGUGGAACGGCCGAACUGCCAUGCGAUAUUCGUCCACCUCAUCGCAACGAUUCCGCUAUCUUGGUCGUCUGGUACAAGAGUGACGUCAUCCCGAUCUACAGUUAUGACCUGCGCGGUAAGCACUCGGAAAAACCGUUGCAUUGGAAGGAUAAAGACUAUCUCAGCGAUCGAGCAUUAUUCAGGACAACAACGGAACCAGCAACUUUGAGCGUUAACCACGUGCAGGAGCAAGACGAAGGCGAAUUCAGGUGCCGAGUGGAUUUUACCACAAAUCCGACUAGAAACUCCAGAAUUCAAUUGACGGUGAUAGUACCGCCACAGAAACCGAACAUUAUCGACGAACGCGGUAAGACCGUCCCAGCGGUGGCCGGCCCUUACGAAGAAGGUGGUGACAUGAGACUGCAGUGCCUCGUCUCCGGGGGUCGCCCCGAGCCGAAAGUGAGAUGGUGGCGCGGAGAGACGCUUCUGGAUUCUAAGGACGAGCCAGGCGAGUUUCCUGCUCUUCGUAGAAACACACUGGUCGUUAGAGAAUUGUCAAGAGCGGAUCUUCACGCGGUAUUUGAUUGUCAAGCAUCCAAUAACAAUAUCAGUCAACCCGUAUCAACGUCGGUAGCGAUUGAAAUGCAUCUGAGGCCACUGAGUGUGACAAUACUCAGCAGCGAGCACGCGCCCCUCAGUGCCAAUCGGAAGUACGACAUUAAUUGCAUGACAGUGGGUUCAAGGCCGCCGGCCAAGCUGUCCUGGUACAUGGACGGCAGGAAGCUCACCAAUCACACGGAGAAGGUGUCGCAGGAUGGUAACAUGACGAGUUCCACAUUGACGUUUCAGCCUACUCUGUUACAUCACGAUAAGGUUAUCACGUGCAGAGCUGAAAAUACCAAAGUCCAACGCGGUGUAGCAGAAGACACGUGGAAAUUGAACGUUUUUUUUGUCCCAAUUUUGCACCUGCAGCUCGGCUCGAAUAUGAAUCCGGAUGACAUCGAAGAAGGCGACGAUGUAUACUUUGAAUGCAAAGUUCACGCGAAUCCGGGCGCGUACAAAGUCGUGUGGAAGCACAACGGAAACGUGAUUCAGAAUAACGCGAAGAACGGCGUGAUAGUCCAGCAAUACGAUUUGGCUCUCAGAGAGGUGAAUCGGUCCCAGGCCGGAAAUUACACCUGCGUCGCCAGCAAUGUCGAAGGCGACGGCUACAGCAAUAUCGUGGAGCUUAAGAUCAUGUACAAACCCAUCUGCGUGCCGGAUCAAAAACGAAUCUACGGGGUAGCGAGGCACGAGGACGCUCGAGUGAUAUGCAGGGUCGAGGCGUAUCCGCCACCGGAGAGUUUCCGUUGGACCUUUAACAAUACCGAGGAGAUGGAGGACGUGCCGCAGGCACGUUACAAGAACUCGACCAGACAUACCCAGAGCAUCCUCACAUACCGGCCGGUCACGGAAAUGGACUACGGCACUGUGCUCUGCUGGGCGAGCAACACGGCCGGCCAACAGAAGAAUGCCUGCAUAUUUCACAUCAUUCCUGCGGGCAAACCGGAAGCUCCGUACAAUUGCACGCUGACCAACCAGACCACCGAAUCACUCUCGGUGGAAUGCACCGCUGGUUUCGACGGUGGUCAGCCUCAACACUUCCUCCUUGAAGUGUUCGAUCAGCACACGGGGGUCCUGCAGGCUAACGUCACGUCCAGAGAGAACGCGGCUUUCACCGUGCAGGGCUUGGAGCCGGGCAAGGUACUCAACAUGAUCCUGUACGCGGUCAACGCGAAGGGAAGAAGCGAACCGGCGCUGCUGGAAGGCUUCACGCUCAAAGUCGCCGAGAAGCAGACUGGUACUCCGGUACCCUUCGAGUUCACCCCGUUACUUGGAAGUUUGAUCGGCGUGGUCGCCGCACUCCUGCUCAUCACCGUCGCCAUCCUAGCGGCGCUGAAAAUGAGGAGCGAGAGGCGAGCUCAAAGGCCGGGCGAUUUACCUUUAAAGAAAGCUACCGCGCCGAGUUCGGAGGACCUUUACGAUGCGGACGACAGAAACCCGGACGUUGUGCCAACCAACAAAGAUUCAGAUUAUCAGCUGACCGGCUCGACUUCGGGCACACCAUUGGCAACGCAAAACACACCGGAUGGUCUUCCACCGUCGUCCCUUCCGACCCAGCAAACGAAUAAUCACCUACAAGGACUUCCCGCCUAUUCGCAUAACGACUAUAACAAUUAUCCAACAUUGCCGCUAUCCGGGGAGGUGACGUAUGCCGAGUUGUGCCUAGCGAGACCCACCACCCUGUCGACUCUGGCGACCGAUGCCAAACUGGCUAGUCUCGGCGGCGGAGUUGGCGGUCUGGGUGGUCUUCCGGGUUACGGCAGCGGUCUCGGGGUGAUCGUGGGCGGUAAGCCGUACGCGAAGGAAGCCACAGUCUACGCCUGCAUCGACCACAACGCCAGGCCACCCAAACUGGACGUCUCCAAUGCGCCGUCAUGCGCGACCACCCCAAUAACGACGGCGAACGUGCUCCAGGAUUCCACAGUCGCCACCGUCAUGAGUGGCAAGCAGCAUCAUCCGGCGAGAGAGGUCGUCACCGUCCGCACGCCCCUGAUCUCGACCCAGGAGAGCUGCGUAUAGGGACGCGAUUCCGACGCGCUCAACGUCAACGAGUACUACGUCUGAUAUGGCCGCCGGCUCGUGGCGAUCGUGCGCGUCUUCACGGUGCGCGACCUUUCGAUUCUUGGACUUGCGGUGCUUUCCCCGGUAACGUCCUCGAAUUCUCGGGAAAAGGUAUACCUAAUGUGAAUUAUGAGUUUCGUUCGGACGCGAGGCAAUCGCACGUCGAGCGACGUGAUCGUUCGCUUUCAGGCGCUUUCGGACUUUCGCCCGACGACGACCGACAGUGCUCUCGUGUCCUGAAAUGGACAAACUUCUGAUCGUGACUGACGACGCCGUACAACGAGGAAAACUAUCGGACGGCUACGCUUCGGUAAGACUCACGUUAAUGUACCAAGGAUAGUAUAACGAAAGAGCUAGAUGUCUUUGUAUGCACGGUUUGCAAUCCUAUCGAGGUAGCCGAUGAUACCAAUAUUCAGGACUGACCAAAUAAUCUUGAAGAAUACAUAUCGAAAGAUUUCAAUAACGUACAGCAACUAAAAUCCUUCGUUUUCACAUUCCAUUGUGUUCCGAGUUCAUAUACGGCAAAAUAUAUCAUGUGAUGUAAAAAUCUAGAAAAGAAAUAUAUCAACUUUAUCACUGCCCAAUUUUCAGAGAUUCUAUUUAUCUUUGGCAAGAUUUCAAAGUAUGCAGAAGAGUUAUAUUAAUAAAAUUUCAUAAAAUUUUGACGAACCAAAAGUGUAAUUAAAACGAUUCUAGAUUUCAGGAAAAAAAACAUUCCAGAUUUAUAAUAUAAUUUAUAUCGUAAUAAAAAAUGCCAAAGAUACCUAUAUUAAGAUUAACGUGUUCUUAAUCGAAAACGUAAUACAAUUACAAAGUCAAAUUUUUAUCAUGGAAGAACAUCACUAUAGGUGAUGAGAUCAUUUUGAUUCUAAAAAUAUUGGCAUCUAAAAAUCUACGAAUAUUUCUCCAAGACCCCCCGCUCCCAUCGAUUCACUGAAUGGCCGAUGGAACGAAAAGAAACAUGUCCAAAAAAACUUAGAUUUUCGCGUACCGCGGAUGUUCGUGCCGCGGGAGGAAAAAUCGAUGUAUCUAUGUCUCGCAACGGCGAAUGUAGAUUUUCUAUUCCCAAGAGUAUACUUUGUAUUACAAAGUAGGUAUGGGGAUAAAGGAGAUCGUCGCGUUGAGUGUAUUUUCGUAGAAUGGCGCGUCUUUAUCGACGAUAUGCUCUCUCUUUCUCUUCCUUUUUUCUCAGAGUGUCGUAUCGUGUCGAUUACGGCGCGCCAAGUGCAACGGUAAAUUUUGGAGAACGGAAGAAGAUCCGCGUCGCGAGAGAAAGAUCGACUUAUUUCCGCGAAAAUCCGCAAAAUAUUUCCGCGCUGGCAGCCGCGACGCGAAACAAGUGCACUGUAUAAAGCACAGCAGUUACAAAAAUCCGACGUGAAGAUUUUCUCAAUGUCGGACAUGUGCUCAUCCUUUUGCUACGUUACCAUUUGAUUUUAUUCUCCGUCUUGAAAAAUAUAAUUUUACGGACAAUUCAAAAAUACAAUUUCCGGGUUUAUUUUUUAUCAUAACGAAACUGUCAUAAAUAAACGUAUGUUCGACCAAACAAAUUUUUCUCCGGUAUUAGCUUAUUUAUCAAGAAAAUAAAAAUUUAAUAACUAGCCAUAUGCUGCUGUUCGAUCGAUCGAAUAAUUUUCGCAAAAACAUCUAAAAAAUUAACUAUUAUUCGUACAAUGUGGUGUGUAAUAUUUAAAAAAUUUCAGCAUAUUAUAUAAAAACUGACUUUAUUAUCGGAAAGCGUAUAGACAUUUAUUCUGAAUUAUUUACAGUAUGCCCUACGAAAAUUUUUAAGGUAAGAAUAAAAUUGCUAACUAUAAAAUAAGCGGAACUAUCGAUCUUCUCUUUCGUGGCUCGAGUCCGUUCUUUACCUUUCCAUCGUUACAACUUUCUAGUCUAUUUGCAUGACGCGUGUGAACGGAAUAAUAUUCGCACGGAAAUUUUAGCGGAAGUCGAAUUUUCACAAUAAUGCGACACAGGAGUUUCUUCCAAGAUGACCUGACAUACUCGUAUGCGUGCAGCACUGUAAAUAGCAACUUUUCCUCGAGGAGACGAAGGCACGGAGUAAAUUUAGACUAUAAUUAUCGAAAUUACCGUGUGCAUGGGUAAUGAGCCUGCUGCGCUCCGAAAAUAUGUAUAUUAAUUCUAAUUAAACAGACGUACCUUGUACAUUGCGCAUCAAUAGCGACGAGCAUCUAUGCAUUAUCCGUAAUUACGUUUCGUUCGAUCGGAGGAUAUUUUGCGCCGGGAUCGAAGACAAUAACGUUGCGGAACUGUUAAAUUGAAAGUGGCUCGCCAACGGUAAAUUAUAUCGUGCUAUAUAUAUUCUACGAAACUUAAUUGGAGUUUGAGCUUUAUUGAAAUAUCUCAGUCCGGAAUAAUGCUUUAUUUUUUAAUCGGCUAUCGGUUUUUUUAUGUUCCUGGCAAGACAAUCGUGCUUGUAAUCGUUCAUAUUGAAACUAUUCCGACUAUCCAAAUUUGCAAUGCGAGCAGAAUAUUUGAAUUCUACGAUGAAAAUCGUUAAGAAGAAGCGCUUGAGAAUAGACUUGAGGAAUAGAAUUGAAAAUAAUUUUCCGUUCAUGUCGCAAAUGUCACGUCUAAUUUAUCAAGUCGCAACGUAAUAAACGCGAUAAUCGUUUUAACUGUCGAUUUUUAUAUUUGCUUCCCAUUGAUCCCUUUAACAGACUGACGUAACGUGCGACGAAAUCUCAUGGACAAAUGUGUGUCCUAGGACUGCCAAACGCGCACAAUCCAACUGCCAUGUGUCGCACUCAUUUUCAUUCAGUUCGCCUUCGAGACGAUGAAGAGCGAUUAUAGAGAGUAUUUUUCGCGCGUCGCCGUACGUUGUGCAUCGUACAAAUGUACACGUAUGUACAUCUUAGAGAUAUAUAUAAAUAUAUAUAGGUCCUCGUCGCAUUUACGCAGCGGAGACAACGUGUAAAUACUCUGUACAUAGGAACAUCGAGACAAGAGAGAGACUUUAUUUGCGAGAUGCCCGAGGUUAAACCCCUACUUGUCUGAGGGACGACAGAACAGGCACGAAGGAUCGUUAUCGACGAAUUCGUUAACGACAUUACGAGGUACGUUCGCAGGGAAAUCGUUUUUUGGUAGCGCACGAGAAAAGAAACGAAUAACGACCCCGGCUCGCAAGCCCUCUCUCCUUUUUGAGUAGACAUUUUCCAACUUUGUGAUUAUUGUACGGCAUGAAUUAUUAUUCAGUUUCUUACUUUAUCCGAGUGCGUCUCUACCUCCAGCAUUUCAUCGUUCUUUCUCGUGGCUAAUUAUUAUUAACGUAUGACGUUAUUGACCGUUAUUGGCCAUCGUCAUCGUCUUCGUCGGUCGACGGACACGAAGAGAGUCGACGUGACGAGCGUUCCUUCGUGUACAUCCCUUUGUAAUUUGUAAGAUAUAUGCUCCGAUGUACAGCGCCGAGAUAUUUUUUCAGAGUGUGCGUAAUACAAUACCUCCGCGUAUAUCGUGAAGUUUCGGGCGUUCAAUUAAGCGAGGCCCAAUUUCGAGAGAGGGUGAAACUGUGUAUAAUUAAACGAUUGGAUUGCGAUUAAUGGUCAGACAAGGAAAUAAAGAUAUAUGUAUAUGUACAUGUGUGCGCGUGUAUAUGCCUGCGUGCGUAUGGUGCCUGUGUCGCGUGAGCGCAAACACGCGAAUCUCUCACCGCGUGUACGUACGUGACUGUGGUAGCGAUCUGCGAUCGGGGAUUAAGAAUAAUUAAAAGAGAUAUAUAUGUGUAUGUGUGUGUGUGUGUGUGUGUGUGUGGAUAUGCGCUUACUGUUGUUUCAUGAUUUUCUCAUAACUUAUUGCUGUUAGAAAGAGAAAACAACUUACGUUGAUUCUUCCAUCAUUUUCAACUUACGGGAGAGUAUCUUCACUAACGCAGACAGGCACUGCGAGUCCCGAGUUACAUUCGAGCUACUGUUAGAUAACUCAAACUCGCGCUUUUCUUUCCAUUGUAGUUAGAAUGUCGCAGUUAUUUACGUCGCGAUAAAGAAUUUUCAAGAAUUCACGGAAGGGUUGAGAUGAGAACGUGCUCUCUCUCUUUCUCUCUUUUUUUUCUUUUCCUUUUUUACAUCCGGCGCUCGAACGAGAUCGAAGUGGACAAAGAAAAGAGAAUUAUAUCUCGAGUGCUCCAAUUGAAUCUCUGUAAGAUCGAUUUUUCUCUCGGUGCAAAAAAUAUCGAAUUGUACUGUUUAAACUGCUGUUCUCUUUUAUAUCUUGUUCUUGUUUUAUAUCUUGUACCGAAGAGAUAACGCAUAAUCUUCUACUUCCGCCUGCAGCAAUAGUAUUUUUUUUUUAGUUACAAUUUUUUCGUAGGAAGAAAAUCUUGCACAAUUGUAACUAAACAAUGUGAACCCUUCCUCGAAUUUACAACUCGAAAGUCUUUCUACAUAAUAGUUUCCGACGAGAUCCGUAAUCAUUCUUACGCUCAGUCGCUUUAAAUAUUAUAUUUAAGUAUUUGUGCACACGUUUGAUCGCAAUAACGCCUGAUAGUCUAGCCUGAUAAAAUUAUAACUUAUCACUCGUAUCACGUACGAUGCAUACAAUAGCUGCAGUGCAGUAGCUGCAGUGGAUCACCCGGUACGUACACCGGUGUGUCUGUACACAUGUACAAAAGUUCGAUUGGCGAAGUCCUUCCGGUUUCGCAGGUAUUUUAAGCACGCGCUCCGUUAACGAUCGCGCACGCUUCUCCUCGCGCGCCUCCUCCCUAAAUUCUCGCUUCUCGCUUGCUGCAAUACAUUCCACGUUUCCUGUCAAAUACCGCGGGCGCGUGUGAAUGCGGCUGGUUCCGCCGCCGCGAAAAUUUUGACGGUAAUAAAGAAGCGAUGGCCACAUACACGUCGCGUUUCACGACGCGACCCAAUUUCACGUUCGCGCGGGGAACGAACGCGCGUAAUGACCAAUUACAGGUUGAUACAUGUCAAGGCGAUUUUGUGCUUCCGACUAGUUUGAUGUUUAAGUAGUUUCGAGUGCGCUAAAUUUCCCUUCCUAACAUUAACACACUUUCAAUUAUUUUUCAACAGACUGAAAUGUUAUCGCGAUGACGUGAUAUCGUUGUAUAAGUAAUUCUAUAAAAUAAAUAAAAAUAACUAAAUAAUUUAAUAAUAGCAAAAAUUUUUUUAUAUAAAUGUUUUCGCAAAUUUAUCGCGACGAAUUAUUACAAUUAUACUCUGUCCUUGUUCCAAACUAAAAUUGCUCUUUUCAAUCAACGGCGUAAUUGAAAAAGGAGGCAAAUAAGAAUUGCCCGUUAAAUCAGCAGGUUCGAACAGGCUCGUUCGUUUCACUAUACAGCCUUCAGUUGCACUUUGUACGGGGGCUGCAUUGCGGCGUGCAUGCACCCGCGAGAGAGAGGGACCCCUUGAAGCUAAAUAGCGACCUGCCCAGUAUGCCGCGUUUCGUCAGUUUCAAAAGAAGCCCCUACACGAAAAUCUGCAUCGGCUUAUCAAAAUCUGAAAGUCAAUUCCAAAGCCCGACGCCUCCAUGACUGAAGUCCGCGGCACGAGUCUAUUAGCUUGUACCGGAAGCACCAAAAGCUCUAAAAAGCAUCAAAAGUCACUUCUGUAACGGAAUAUUCAUCGACGCUUACGUACCACUGCCACGAUAACCGCCGCACAAUUCGCCGACGUCUCGGCAUCCGUAGUCCAUCCCCGCAGCAUAGAUACUGCAUUCGGGUUCUUUUGAAUAUCUAUCGGAUAUCGAAGUGUACCGCAAUGUUCGAAUUUUGGAAUACGGAAUGAACAUUAUUUGCCCAUUACGUCGCGCGAUGGAAAAUUGCCUUCGGACUUCCGAGCACAUUCGAGGUUCACUCUCGUUUCUCGUCCGUUCGUCCCGGAUAUUAAUCGCAAAAAAAUUUGUAGCGCUCUGUUUGCAUUUUAUUUACAUUAUUGCAAUUUUAAUUAUCGUCAUAAUUACCGACGAGUUGAAAAGUGUGAGAAAAGCAUCGAUCAAGUGCGAAAAAUCACGGGUUAAAAUACUAAACGGUGCUCUUGCAAGCACGAAAUUCGAAACACUUUUUAUUGGAUAUAAUGUUUAACGCUUGACCGGUGUUUGAUUUCCGCUCUUCGAUUGACGCAGUUUUAUUUGAUGCAAAAUUGUGAAUAACGAGACUAGUGACAAAGAGCCUGGCGAAUCGUGUCUAUGUUGAAUUGUACAUAAUCUUUUGGAUGAGUAAACGUGUGCGUGUUUGUUUGUACAUUCUUCUGCGGUUUGCGUGCGUAUGUGUGUGUGUGUGUGAUGCGUGUGUGCGAGUACAAAUGUUUCAUGAAAUUUCAUCUGGCGAGCCUGACGAGAGAAACGCAAGCGUGUCAAAAAUUGAAAUUGCGACGACCAUACUACGUGUAUCUACAAUAUAAUUAUAGAUCUCUCUCUAUAAAUAUAUACACACCUCAACGUAAUCAGAAUAAACGUGUUGAUAUAAAAACCGACGAGAGA